AUGGCUUUCCCCUGCACAGAGUGUACCAAGGCCUUCUCGGCCAAGAACAGUCUCAACAGCCACGUGCUCACCGCUCACCGUAGAGAGCGCGUGGUCUGUGAUGUCUGCCAAGCGACCCUCCGUCCAGACCCGUCCAAUUUCCGCAGGCACAAAAAGCAGUGCAAAGGCGAGGCCGACGUCCAUAGGUGUCCUUGGCACCAACGCGGUUGCAACCAUAGCAGCAGCCGCGUCGACAACGUGAAGCGGCACAUCAAAUCGUGCCCUCACAAGCCCAGCGGUUGGGCAGACGGACGCCAGCUCCCAGUACCCGUCAGGGUCAAUGCACAGGGAGCUGUGCAAAACAACGUGAUCCUGAACAAUAGGACACCACAGCUCAAUGGGCAGCAGCAAAUGCCCCGACAAAUGCCUGCCGGUGCGCCUGCCAUUGCGCCUGCCGUUGCGCCUGCCGUUGCGCCUGCCGUUGCGCCUGCUAUUGCGCCUCACAUGGGCCUCAACUUAGCCCGAAGAGAACCCAUCAAAAACCCGGUGUGGUUCGCAGGUGCUCUUCCGCAGCCUCGCGGUCUUUGGCAGCAGAACCUGCCCACAGGGCAACCGACUGCAAUGCCUCAUCUUGCCCCCACGGCCACGACGGCCGUCAACAACCCCCAAGUGUCCGCAUUUACAGCUUACGGGCAAGGGGCAGGUGUCUUCCUGACCACAACUCAGGAAUCAGACUUCUCUUGGAUGUCACACAUUGCCAUCAGACCCAGGUCGACACCAGAGACAUGCAUGAGGCCGCGGAACUUGGCCAGGGCGGGCUGCAAAACACAAAAGCACCAGCAGAGACUGGUUCAGCUUGAAGGGCUGAAGACAACAAAUUCUUUUCCGACAGAAACCAGCUUCAUCGGCAACAUCAUCAUCAUCGACACCAUCUUCAACAUCUUCAUCAACAUCAGUCUUCAACAUCAUCUUCACGGCAAUCAAUACAUGAUACUGGAACUGUGA